AUGGAUUCCUUUAAUCUCUUAAACAAUAAGUUUAUGUAAUAAGCCAUAGAGAGAAAAUCUUUGAGAUCAAUAAAUUUAAGUUAGAAAAAUCUUGAUACUUAAUCAAAAUCAAUAGAAUAUGACCUUUGGGAUAGAAAUGAAGGUUUAGACUCACCAAUGACACCAAAAAUUUAAAUCCCAAAUUAAUUCUACCCUAAAUUAAUAAAUACUGUAAGACUUUCUAAUAAAAGACUGUCAUGUAUGGAUUUGAAAUGA